AGAGUUGAAGUUGAUCAUACCGAUUAUUUUACAACAACUCAAUUGUUUGACUCGGGGGACGAGUUAGUGGCUUGGGCUAGGUCCGUUGCAAGAGCUCUUUUCGUGAAAUUAAUUAAAAAAAGUGCCCCCAAAAUAAAGAAAGUGUGUCUGACUUGUGACCUGUUCGGAGGGCCCCGAGAAAGUAACGUAGAUGCGGCCUCGAAAAGGUCUGGUAGCAAAAAAAUAAAAUGUGGUUUUCAAAUCGUCGGAGAGCGGCGGUUGGACGAUAGAUGGGGGCUCAUAAUAGUAUAUGGGAAGCAUAAUCAUAUUCCGAUAUACAUGUUUGGGCAUGGGCUUAGUGCAUUGAAUGAAGCGGAGUCGAAGAUUAUCAAGGAUCUUUCACAAAGUCAUGUGCCGCCCAAGAAGAUUUUGGCUAACUUGAGACAAAAUGGCUUGGGUCUCGAUGCUUAUUCGAAACAAAUAUACAAUGAAAAGGCGAAAUUGAGAAGAUUAGUUAGGGGUGACCGUACAGUGAUGCAACAUUUGAUUGGGUUGCUUGAGGAGCAUAACUAUUACAAGUGGUUCCGUACAGAUGAAACGACACAUGCAGUUAUUAAUUUGAUGUGGGCUCACCCUCUAUCUGUCGAAUUGUUAAGUAAGUUUCCGUACGUUAUACUACUUGACAGUACUUACAAAACCAAUCAGUACAAAUUGCCUUUGUUGGAGAUUGUUGGUGUUACUCCUGUCGGAAAUUUUUUUACUGUUGGAGUGGUAUUUAUGCGCCAUGAAAAUGAAGAACAUUAUACAUGGGUGUUGCAAAGGUUGAAGAGACUUUUCCCCCCACAUACUCUACCUAGUGCACUCGUGACUGAUCGCGAGUUAGGGCUCUUAAAGGCGAUAGAAAAUGUAUUUCCGACUGUGCCUCAUCUAUUAUGUCUUUGGCACAUUAACAUGAAUGUGGGGCGUCGUGCUUCAAAGUGUUUUGGCAAUAGUAGGCGUCACGGAUUUGCUUUUGUACUCGGUCCGUGGCAAACUUUGGUAACAUCAGUGUGUGAAGAAGAUUUCUACCGGAAUUACAGAGUUUUAGUGGACGAUUACGCGAAUCAUCCACAGUUGAUUGAGUACCUCCAAGACACUUGGCUGAUAUACAAAGAGAAAUUUGUAAAAGCAUGGACGGAUCUAGUUUUUCAUCUGGGCAAUACAUCGACAAGCAGGUAUUUAUUUAUUAGUGGUUAAAUACAUAUACUUAACUUACUGUCAUGUUGUUUACUGAAACAUAACCUACUUUAAUCAUAUUAGGGUGGAGAGCAUACAUCCUAUCCAAAUCAUCUAACCGGGAUCCGCCGCCAUACCACUUCUCCAUAUCUCAGGGCUCGACACCGAACGCUCUCGCACCUGCAUAAAUCGCAUCUGCCUUAUCAAUCCAAACGUUAGGGCGCUUUCCACUAACUCGCAAAUGCAUGAUAUAGUGCACAUCGUGGAGAGUAAUUGUCAUCUCUCCAAACGGCAUAUGAAAGCUGUUGGUGUCUGGCUGCCACCUCUCGAUAAAAGCCUCUAUCAACGGGUUAUUGUGCUGAGGGAGCGAACAAUAACGCAAGUGAUAUAACCCGGUACUCUCCAGUAGUGAAACACUAUAAUAGUCGUCGGGGCCCGGCCAAGUAGACUUCGCAUGAGACCGCAACUUCAACAUAUGUCGGCCCUAUUGAAGAUAUAUUGAUAUUUAAGAA